ACCACUUUUGUUUGUUUAUUUAGCUUCAGUUUAGCUUCUCAACACUAACACUGCCAGUGUCUGCCAAUGUAGAGCGUGUGCAGGAAGUACAUGGCGAGGCAGUGGCAGGCACAAUGGCGCUGUGUGAGCUGUACUGGGAUCAGCACAUCCCCUGGCCAAAGCUUGGAGGACUGCAGUCUCGCCUGCUAGUGGCUUUUGUGGCCCUGAUCUGCUUCAUCAACAGCUAUGAUGGAGACUUUGUCUUUGAUGAUUCAGAGGCAAUUAUUAAUAAUAAGGACCUAAACCCCACCACUCCACUGAGCAACAUCUGGAAAAAUGACUUCUGGGGAAGCAACUUGAGCAGCAACUCCAGCCACAAAUCCUACCGCCCCCUGACUGUUCUCACCUUCAGGCUAAACUACAUCUUGGCUGGUGGGUUGCACCCGGUGGGCUUCCACGUUCUCAAUAUCGGCCUUCACUGUGUUAUCUCAGCGUUAAUGAUCGAUGUCUUUGCAAUAUUAAUUGCUGACCUGAGCUGUGAUGGAACCUCUAAAAGACAUACCCAUGUUCCAAAGGCUUCUGUCCUGGCUGCGAUGUUCUUUGCUGCACACCCAGUUCAUACAGAAAGUGUGGCUGGCAUUGUGGGCAGGGCAGAUCUCUUAUGUGCCCUGUUUUUUCAACUCUCCUUUCUCGCAUACUGUAAAGCAUUUCAAGGUGGUGACAAGACAUUCUCAGUGUUAUGGAUAGCAGUCAGCCUUUUGCUCUGUGCUGUGGCCAUGCUGUGCAAGGAGCAAGGAAUUACUGUUUUGGGAGUAAAUGCUAUAUUUGACAUUCUCGUGAUCUGCAAUGUGAACGUCUACGAGCUGACUUGCAGGCUGCUGAUGAGGAGGAAGACUGCAGAUAUUAUCGCCAAUGUCAGAAAUGGACUCCUCGUCAGGUUGGCUCUCCUGCUUUUUGGUGGAACCUUGCUUUUGUAUGCAAGGUGGAGAAUUAUGGGUACAGGCCCUCCAGCCUUCACUGAGGUCGACAACCCAGCUUCUUUUGCGGAAAAUGUUCUGCUUAGGAUUGUGAACUAUAAUUACUACUACUCCUUGAAUGCAUGGCUGCUGCUGUGUCCCUGGUGGCUGUGUUUUGAUUGGUCAAUGGGCUGUGUACCUCUUAUUAAAUCAGCCGGUGACUGGAGAAUCGUCUGGCUGGUGCUGCUGUGGGCCUGCUUGAUUGGCUUGAUAAGGCAAGCUCUGUGCUCCCCAGACAGCAGUGAAAGGAGGACUUUGACAUUUGGCUUGGUGCUGCUGGUCAUCCCUUUCCUGCCGGCCAGUAAUCUGUUUUUCCGAGUGGGAUUUGUGAUAGCCGAGCGAGUGCUGUACCUCUCCACGGCAGGGUACUGCCUCAUCCUGGCCUACGCGGUGGCCUACUGCUGUUGUCGCUGGAGGAGGCCAAAGAAGCUGCUGUGCACGGCCAUGUUGGCCCUGCUGGGUGUGAACGUGGCACGCUGUGCCCUGCGCAGUGGGCAGUGGAGGUCUGAGCAGAGCCUCUUCUCCAGUGCCUUGUCCGUCUGCCCACUCAACGCCAAGGUCCAUUAUAAUGUUGGCAAAAACCUCGCUGACCGGGGCAACCAGAGUGCUGCAAUCAAGUACUACAGGGAAGCUGUGAGGUUGCACCCGAAAUACGUCCAUGCAAUGAACAAUUUGGGAAACAUACUAAAGGAGAGAAACGAGCUGCAGGAAGCUGAAGACAUUCUCUCUACAGCUGUUCAGAUCCAACCUGAUUUUGCUGCUGCAUGGAUGAACCUGGGGAUUGUGCAAAACAGCCUGAAAAGGUUUGAGGAGGCAGAGAGGAGUUAUUGGAAUGCUAUUAAAUUCAGAAGGAAGUAUCCAGAUUGUUAUUACAAUUUGGGGCGACUGUAUGCUGACCAGAAUCGACAUGUGGAUGCGCUGAAUGCUUGGAAGAAUGCCACAAUGUUGAAACCUGACCACAGCCUGGCAUGGAAUAACAUGGUUAUAUUACUGGAUAACACUGGCAACCUGGCUCAAGCAGAGCUGAUAGGAAGGGAGGCACUAAAGAUAUUACCUAAAGACCACACAAUCAUGUUCUCUUUAGCCAAUGUCCUUGGAAAGCAGGAGAAGUACAAGGAGUCAGAAGGUUUCUUUCUUAAUGCGCUGAAGAUCAACCCCAAUGCUGCCAGUUGCCAUGGCAAUCUUGCCGUUCUGUACCAUCGCUGGGGAAAGCUGGUCUUGGCUAAGAAGCAUUAUGAGUUCUCUUUAAAACUGGACCCCAGUGCAUCAGGGACCAGAGAAAACUACAACAUGCUGAAACGCAAAUUAGAUCAGCAGCAGAGAACAGUCGGUUAACUUGCCAUCGGAUAAUAAAGUUAAUGUGAGCAAGGUGUUUUGCAAGUGUGCAGCGUGAUGUCUAGGGUCACCCCAAGCAGGAAGCCAGCGGCAACGGCAGAAAACAGCACAGCGUGAACGAGAGCUUCAAAGAAGGUUGGACGCUAUCCUCGAGGGGCAUCUCGCACAUGCUGGCCCCUCUUGAAAGUUAGCGCUGAGUGAAGUUGUGUGGUGGGGUCAGCCCUCAGUCAACAAGUCUACACCUCGGUCGAAAGUUCAGCACACUUAUAUUUUUUCACCUGCAUCCUACCACCACCAGAGAGCAUUUGAAGAGCUGGUUCUGUGAGGACCGCGCAGAUGAAGAGGCUAGUGUGUUUUAUCAGCGUAACCCCAGAAUUUUUUUAACAAUAAAUAAGAAUGCUAAAGGAAGUUGUAGCUCAAUGUGUGAGACAAUAUACCUCACUAGAAAAUGUAUUUACACAUAGAUGGAACUUGUGCCUCAGAGGAAUACAGGUUCCUAAAGACUCUUGGUACAGAUGUUAAUAAAAUGACGACUUUAAUUUA